ACUCAGUAACGGAAACUCCUUCGGGUUAAUUGUUGUCAUUUACUGAAUUUCUCACUGCUUCAUUAUUAUUUGUUGGUUGUAAAUAUUAAUUUCUUUCUAAGAAAUAUAUUUACUCAAUAUAUACGGCAAGUGAAUUUUACUCAUUUUGUUGUCAUUUUGCACUAUUGCGCAUCAUUUUAAAGUUGGUGCCAUUGCUCAAUGUCAGUAGCCAUUUAAAAUACUGAGAUAAUUUGAUAAAUCAUUUAUUUUGUUCAUAAAAUUGCUUCAAACUUUUAUUGUUGUUUUUUUAGCCUAGCGAAAACAAAAAUUGUUCUUGUAAUCUAAUUGACAUUUCUCUAGAAACUUAUUAGCUUAAAAGUAUAUACGUUAACAUGUCUGACUCGGAUAAAGGUAUAGAUAUUGUUGGGUUCGAAGGACCUCAAGACGAAUCCUCAGUAAGUUCGCCGAAUAGGUUUUCGUCUUCUGGAUUCUUUCCAUAUGCUACGGAAGUCCAGUCGUCUGGUUUGGACGAUAUGAAACUCGCUAGAUGUAUCUCCCAAAUUAACAGACCAAUUGAUACAAGAACGAUAAGUGAAACUGACGAGGGAAGUACUGACCUCUGCGAAGUUAUCGUCAAGCGAUCCAGAACAAACAAUGAAGACGAAAAUGCAGAGAUUUUCAUGAGCGACUCCAGUGACGAUGAAUCCGGAAAGAUGGCCGAAUGGAGAUUCGGUCCUUCUAAGCACUGGUACGAUUUACUCAAUGUCAACGAAAAUGGAUCUAAUUUAGACUAUGGCUUUCGGAAAAGAAAAUACUCCGAAUCUCUUGAAAAAGUUGAUGAGGUUGCCAAAAAAUUUCCAAAAGACUGCUUCCAAAUGAUCUGUUCUUAUCGUUGGGAAGACGAUGUUAUCUGGAAUGGAGACCAAGUUCGCCGACAGAUUUUGAAUUUGGAUAGAAUAAAAAACAUUCCUGCCGCCUGGAUUCCCAACAGUAUCAUUAGAUCAUACUCAAGUUUUAUUUAUCAUUUAAAGAAAGCUGAACAUAAUAGAAACAGAUCAUCUUUUGAAAGCGAUGAUAUUAACAUGACCAUGAAAGACAUUUCCAGAUCUAUUUUUAAGCCUCAAAAUCCUGUAGUUGCUGAUGGAUCAUGGGUGAAAGAUAUAAUAUGGGACUCCGAGAACAUGGACGAGAUCCCUAAACCUCCGUUUUUGGAAAUGUAUAAAGGUGAUCCCAAUACCAUAUUUGAAAUACCGACGGAUGCUUCUCCUGAGAGGUCAGCGACUAGUCAGGAGCGAGAAGACUCAUUUAAUUUAUCUAAUGACAUAUAUUAUACACAAGAGGCAGCCGACCUAUUUCGUACACCUACUAAACUUCAACAUUCUGUGCCAGCCAUGAACUUGAACAAAUGUCUAUUUCCUAUAGAACCUGAUAAUGAGGUUCUUGACUAUUACAGACGACAACUGAGGCCCAUUAGACCAAGAAUGAAUGAUGAAGAAGCAACAACAGUUAUUCCACUCUUUAGACAUGUCGAAGAAAAACAACAGGAGAUAAGAAACAUGGCAAAAGAAACCUAUGGAGGGGAGGUAUUUGUUAUGAAUAGACUCGUUGACCUUUCAGGAUUUGACGGUAGUUUGUUUUUAAUGGAAUAUGUCGAAGAAAAUCCUCCUCUUCUCAGUCGGGUAGGUAUGGCUAGUAACAUACGGAUUUACUACAAGAAGCAAUGCAACAAGGACGAUGAUUAUAUACCCAGCUAUGCCUUUGGCGAAUUAGCUCCCACUGAGCGUUCACCUUUUCUAGGCAAUCUAAAAGAAGGAGAAUUUGUACCAACUCUUGAGAAUAAUAUGUAUCUUGCACCAAUUUUUCAACAGUUUAAGAAUUUUUGCGAUUUCCUGAUUAUAAAAAGAGACAAUCACUAUCAUAUCAGAGAUUUUGACGAAAUUUUCACUGUAGGCCAAGAAUGUCCUAAAAUUCAAGUUCCCAGACCAAAAUCAAAGACUAUACAACGCUUCUUAACUCAUCUUGCCCACUUUCACAUUUGCAAGCUCUUCCGACAAUCGAGAGAUACUCCACCAUGUCUGAAAUUAGAAGAUGUUAGCAAACUUGUGCCAAAUUUAUCUGAAAUUACCCUUCGAAAAUAUAUCAAGAGUUACGCUUAUUUUGUGAAAAAGGACAAUGGCUGCUAUUGGGCACUAAAAGAAGAUGUUUAUUUACCUGAAUUGGAGAAUUUUACCCAAUAUAUUACACCCGAACUAUUUUGCGCCUAUUACAGCCAAUCGGCUUACCAUAGCAGACUACGUGCUGCUGGUUAUGAAGGAGAUGGAUUAUUGAGUAUAGACGAUGAUACGGCUUUCGAAAGCAGAAUAAUAGCAGCCCCAUGGAAUACAACCUCAGCAUACACCAGCGCUGUGAAUAAAGAGUGCCUACUCGAACUCCGAAGUACAUUAGAAUCUAUAGAAACCAAUAAAGGAAUCCCCUACGUAAAAUUAUCUAAGCGGCCGUCUGCGCUAAGAGAUCAUUUCGGAGGGAAAUUCCAGAAUUAUACAGACGAAGCUAUUUUGGAAAAAGUAAUUAGUACUAUCGAAAUAGUCCUAAAGAGAUGUCAGAAAAAACCUAGAAGGAUUGAAGAACUAAUGAAAUGGAAUGCAAUCAAGCUUAUAAAGAUUCUAUCGACUUUAAAAUUGGACGAUGCAAAGUCUUCAGUUCUCUCUGAAUUCAAGCAGCUAGUCAAGCAGACCAAUCUAAGAGAAAACGAAAUAUUUGAGGAAGAAUGUAGAAAAGAGUUUGAAAUGCAAUAUCGGUCACUAGCUUCAACAGAUAUUGUAUCCACUGAUAGUGAUUCAUCGUCCGAUAGUGAACUUAAAGAGUAUGCUAAAGAAUUAGAGCAGGAUUUCACGGAAGAAAAUUCACCGUUUUUUCUUGACACCAACAACGCUACUAAGAAAAAGAAAGUAUUGAAAAUAGUUAGAACAUUCAUCGACGAAGAGGGAAACUUAUAUUCAACAGCAGAAUUUGUUAGAGAGGCAAAUGUUAUAGAAAUGUACAUAAAUGCCAAGAGCAAGAAGGAAACAGAAUCAAUUCUUGGCAGGAAUGAAACACCGAAGUGCUUAAACUCAGACGAAAAUAACAAUGGAGAAAAGGAGAUAUUUAGCGAGGACUCGACCAUAUCAGACAGAAUAGAGCAUAGCUUGCAAUGGGAUAAAGAAAAUUCCAAUUCGAGAAAACUUAUAAAAGUUCAGAAUGCUACAGUGAAAAUUUGCAAAAAAUUACUUAAAAGAGCUAAAGAGUUUUCAAGGAGAAAGUCACUUGCAAAAUCGAAUAUGUCAGCAGUAAUUAAAAAACGAAAAAUGGCAGUAGCAGAGCGUAGAAAAACAAAUCCAUUCGUAAUUAUGAGCCUAAUUUUUGAGGAAAUAGUCGAUAGUAUAGCGAAAUUGGACGAUGUCUUACCGUUCCUUCAACCAAUAGACAGAGUGCUUAAUCCAUCUUACUAUCUCUAUAUAAAGGAACCGAUGGAUAUUCAUACUAUAAGAUUGAAAUUGAGAGAUAAUAAGUAUCAUUCAAGAAAGACUUUUAUCUCCGAUUUCAAUCAAAUGGUUUUGAAUUCUAUCAGAUUUAAUGGCUCUGCUUCCCCAAUAACUAAUAUCGCUCGGAAAAUGCUCGAUUAUUGCAUACAGAGAAUUGCUGAGAAAGACGACUACUUAAUGGAACUUGAAAAAUGGAUACCAUAUCCUAAAAAGUCUCACCUUUCGCAAUUUGAAAGCAUUCUAAAGAAAAUCACAAACGAUAUGAAAAAUAUUGAAGGCUCUGAAGCAUUUCGACGUCCUGUUAACAAAAUAUGGUCGUUAUACUACGAUGUUAUUAAAACGCCAAUGGAUUUAUUAGCGAUAACUAUUAAAAUCAGAAGGCAUAAAUAUAAGAAUAGGCGCGACUUUAUUAAGGAUGUUAAGCUAAUUCUGGAUAACUCUGUAACGUUUAACGGAGAAGACUCAGAUCUCACUGCUACUGCCAAUAAUAUAUAUACAACUGCGUUGAAUGCCCUAGAAGAGCAUUCUGAAGAACUGACAAUACUUGAAGAGGAAAUUAUAAAGUCCGAGGCACGAAAACGCUCAAGAAAAUCCCUUAACAUCGAUCCAAGCAUCUCUAACGAAUCGACUAACAGUUACGAAAUUAGAGUUCCCGAUUUUCACAUGAAUAAAUCGGAAAUAACUUCUGUAAACAAUAAUCCUAUUCCAAUAGAAAAUGAUAAAGGUCAACUUACAGCAUGUAACCUUGUUGAAAGACUUGGACUGGAAUUAUCAACUAACUCAAAAGCAAGCAAUAAAUUGGAUGAGAGAGGAUUUAGCGACUUCCUUACACAAGGUGCUUUUAAUGUCCUUGAUCCUCCAAAAGAGUCAAAUGACACUGUUGAAUUGGACAAAUCAAGUACUUCAGAAACACCUCAUGAAGAUAAUAGUAACAGCCUUUUUAAUAUAGGAGACCAAGAACUGGGCGUUAUUUUCCUUGACGAAGCGGAAUUUGAUAGCGAUGGAAAUUAUUCAGCAAGUGGAUCACACGCUACUUGGGCAGGCAGAUUCAGAGAGUCGAUUCCCGUUACUUCAGGAAAUGCUGCUAAUUUGUAUGAGAGUUUAACUCCAGAAGGAGCUGAUAGUUGCGAUUCUUCGAGUGAUCUGGAAGAUGAUGUGAACAAUUCGGUAUACGAUUGGGGUUGGACCCGCGAAAGCCCCAAAUCGAAAGAGUCUAUAUCUCAUAUAGAAGAAAUUAGCGGUACAGAUAGUUCAGAUUUUAAUACCGAGCCAACUAAUCUGACGAAUUAUGGUCAACCCAACAUAAACUUCGAAGAAACAAAUUCCUCGCCAUUUCCAUCUCCUAGUUCGCAAGCAUUUACUCAAUCGGAAGACGACCAAUCGUCUAGUGGUUACAAUUUUGUAGCAACUGACACAGUCGGAAUAUUAAUUCAAGAUGGUAGCUCUAGUUCAGAAGAUGAAGUUGUCAGGAGAAUACAGCCUGAAACGAUAGACGUUACAACCCUUUAUAGCGAUUCUGAACCUUCAAGCGAAGAUGGAGAUACGUCAAAAUCUAGUAUUGAAUGUAUUGACUUGACAGAUUGUUUAUAAGCUAUUCAAUUGUUUUAUAGCUAUUUUUAAAAAAACAAACUAUUUUUUUAUAAAUUUUGUAUUUUCAAUAUUUAAAUAAUUUUUUAGCUGUUUGAAAAAAAACUUGCAAAUAAAACGACUAUGCUUGCAUCUGAUAAAACUCAGGAAAAUGGUAUAGCACAUAGUAAUAAGAGAGAACAAUCCGUUUCCUACUGCCUAACCCACUUUCCAUUUAUCAACUUUUCUAAGAAAAUUUCAUUAGAUUCUAGUCAAAGUGGAGACGAUGGAUUGUGCUCUGCUCUUUCAAGGAUGAAAGAGUGUAUAUUGAAUAUUUCUGGAAAAUUCUCUCUUCCAUUUAGGCUAAAAC